UAUAGCUCACUUUACGUCACAUUUCAAGAAGAGGCGGUACACAAAGGCAUCAAGACUUAUAUAUACUCAGCGCCGGACGGCGUAAUGGCCGGUUCGGACACGAAUCCCGAUAACGAGUGUUUCUGUGUCAACGACAACACAGACCACUGCCGUCUGGACGGCGUGUACGACAUGAGCGCCUGUCAGCACGACAUACCCAUUAUCGUGAGUCUCCCGCACUUCUUGGGCGGCGAUAAACGCAUCACUGAUCGCAUCGAAGGUCUCAAACCAGACCCGAAGCUUCAUAGACCAGUCAUUCACGUCGAACCGACAUUAGGCGCAGUCAUUCACGGGGACAGCAAACUACAAAUGGCCAUAAGAGUGCCUAAGAAUGACUACAUUAGAGGUUUUGAGAAUCUCGCCGAUGAUCUCUACAUUCCCCUCUUCUGGGGCUAUAAGAAAUUGGGUAUUUCUGACGAUUUCGCUGCAGAACUUAAGUCAAGACUAUUCACACCAAUAAUUGUCAUUAAAUACAUAAUUAUAAUGGGAAUCAUAACCGGGUUUCUAAUGCUAUUCAUUUCCAUUUUGUUGGCCUUUUUAUGCCAAACUCAGGUUCUAACCAUUUCAUUAAUUGAUGAGUUGUCGCCGUUUCAAACGGGACCGGACUAUACGGGCAAUGGAGACACAUUAGAUACCCGUAAGCUAUGCUCUAACCGGUCGUCUAUACAAGAGUUAGAAUUACUAAUGAAAACGAGUCCAGAGACGAGAAUUUAGUGGUUAUUAAAUUAAUUAAUUAAUAAAUUAGUGAUGUUUUUAUUUUUUAAUUUAGUUUUUUAAUGAAUUUGAAUGAAUUGUAAUAUAAAUGUUUUUGUUGUGUCGGCGAAGGCUUUGUAUAGCAUUUGAAUUAUCCCUUAAUUUAUUUUUUGAAUUGAGAGUAGAAUUUGUGUUUUAUAUUGAAUGCAUUGUCGGUCCAAACAAUCAUUAUUAAUUGAGAACCGAUUGAAUGCUUAGGAAAUAUAGUUAAACAGGAAUUGUUUUUACAAAGAAAAGACAAUUAAAACAGAUUUUUUGUGUCAAUCAUUACAUUAUCUUUGAGGCCAAAUACGUGUAAUAACUCUUUGUUUCCAAUGGGAGAGGGAGUACAUCAUAAGCCUCCCUGUCCUGCCGGCCCUCCCGUUCAAUAUACGGGAAAUGAAUCUCAUUUUAUAGUAAAUAUAUAUAUAUUUGUAUAGAAAAUGUUUUUUUGUAAAACUUAAAAUUGUAUUGAAAAUAACGGAAUAUUUUUUUAAUUGUAUUGAAAUGUUUUUUCAAAUUUGUAAAUAUGUUUUCGCAUACAUUUGAUGACAAUUUUUGUGUACAUUUUAAAAACAUUAUUAUAUUUUAAAACCAUUUGUCAUAAGAUAUGAAUUAAUAAAAAGAAAUAUUUUAAAUAAUUUAA